CCAUUUGGAAAAAGUAAUAUACUCUUUCAAUAAUGACGCCGAGUGGGCGAGUGGAGUGGUAAAACAAAAGCCCGUGUUUAACUGUUGCUCACCUCCUGUAAUGCAUUCCCUUUCGUCUUUAGAAGUUUAUCAAGUUAUCGAAAAAGUGUUAUCGUUUAUCCAAGAUGGUAUGGGGUCUCUUUCCAAUCGAUCCUCUUUCAGGCGAAGAUAAAUACUACAUUUUCAGCGGGGGGAGCUACAAAGUGGGUCGCAAAGGUUGUGAUGUAAUUAUCAAUAAAGACAAAGGAGUUUCUCGAAUCCAUGCGGAGAUAUUUGUUGAUGAAAUGAUUUCAUUGAAUCCUCUUCAAAGAGAUUCUUCUAACAUAAACUCCAAGGUUCGGAUUCGAGAUUGCUCAAAGUAUGGAACAUUUAUUAACAAGACUGGUGAAUCAAAGGAAAAACUUCAUGAAUUUCCGGGUAAAGAAAAAACACUCAAAGAUGGUGACUUAAUUUCAUUUGGAACUGGUAGUGCAACCUACAGGUUUUCUUAUGCUCCUCUCUUACUUUUUGUCUACCGCUCUGACAUUAUGCAAGUAAAUGCUUCCAUUCAAGAAAAAGUUUCAUCAAUAGGUGCUUGUCUUACAAGUAAUUUCUGUAUGGAGUGCACACAUGUUCUUGUUCAUAGUCAGAUGCCUGUAACAGAAGAUCUCCUUGAUGCUAUUUUGGCUAAAAAACCUCUGGUUACUGAUAGCUGGCUUGAGUCUGUUGCAGAGAAAAGCAUUUGCACUGAAUUUCCUAGCUGCAAUUUUUCUGUUAUGACAUUGAUGGUAGAGGGAGUACCAAUAGAACUUGCAAACUCGGAAAAUCGUAAGAACUGUUUGGAAGCAUAUACUUUUCUGUUGGAGUCAACAGACAAGUAUAAAUAUGGGUAUCGAUUACCGUCACUGUUGGAAGUGUGUGGUUCAAAGACACUUUGCAUUGAAAGAUUUUGUUCAACCAGCCAAGACUUGGAGCAUGGAGACCAUCAUCGUGUGGUAUUUGUCAUCCCAAGGAAAUCCAAAGAUGAAUCUAGUUGCUUCCAUAAACUCAGUUCACUACCCAGAGUGGAUGAAAUGGAUUUGAUAUAUGCUGUUUUAUCUGGACAUCUGGAUCCAUCUAUUUUGACAUCACCAUCUGUGAUUAUUUCAUCUUCAUGCUCCACGGAUGAGACAGUGGUUGCAGACUCUGAUGUUGAAGCAGAGACAUCCUCAUUGGUUAAUGCAACAUCUACUGCCACUACUAGGGAAGCCCCCAAAUAUCCAAGUAAAGAUGAAAUAUCUGUCAAUUAUGCAAACAAUAGUAUAUCAGGAAGCAUGGAGAAGGCUGAUGUGGUCCUUACCGAGGAAGCCCCCAAAUAUCUGACAAAAGGGGAAAUAUCUAUCAGCCAUGCGAGCCCUUGUAUGACAGGAAGCAGAAAGAAGGCAGAUGAGGCUGAUGCUCCAGGCGUUAAUAAAGAAGCCCCCAAAUAUCUGAAAAAAGAGGAAAUAUCAAUCAAUCAUGCAAACAAUAGUAUGACACGAUGCAGAGAGAAAGCUGAUGAGUCAGAAUGUGAACAUUCGGUUGUUAUUUACAACCAAGAUUUAGUUGUCCGAGAUUUGAACUUAAGUGCAACUUUUAGCUCUACAGCAAAUAAUGGAGUUAUAAAUUUCAAAUGCUUCAGAAAGAUAAAUACUCAGUCAGGAAAUAGCUUCAGCCGUCUUAUUCCAUUUUCAAAGUACCCGUAUAAAGAAUCAAACUAUGAAACUGAGGAAAUGGUCGAGUCUGUUAAAGAAGAGAAGAAGAGAAAGCAACUGGAGGCUAUUGCAGAAGACUUGUUUAACAAUGAAAGGGGAAGAAAGCGUGGAGUAGCUGGUACCCUUCAUGGACUUCUUACUCGAUGAGAAGAGAAAACCUAAAUUGCUACAUUUUUUCCCUACUAAGCAUAUAGCUCACUGAUGCUAUUCGGGUUUUGGCUAUACUUGGAUGAAGAUGGUGCAACUUGUUGAUACUUGUGUUUUUGUUAGCAUUUGAGAUGUAUCAGUUCCGAGAAGGCCAUAGUAUUCAUAUAUAGAUUGGAAUUUUGAGGGCUGUACACAGCUAUGUAGACCUUAACAGCAUUUUGUCUAGAGAUCCUGGGUUACAUUAUUCUUAGGGAAUUGACUAUUUUGUAAAUAUGUAAAUCUCCUGUGUGUUUAUAACCAUGGAUGUAUUGUAUAUUUGAUUAACCAUUGAAUUUGGCCGCCUAAUCUCGGCACAUUUUUUCUUUAGGUAAUUUAUUGUGUGCUCAAGAUUGACAAUGA